AUGUCGUUAGUUUUGGAUGCGACACCAUCGCGGACAGGAACCAAUUUCACCCCACAACGGCACGGCAGAACCAUUGCACUGGGAAAAGAUCGAGAUAAUAAGCAGGGGAUUUUUGAUGAUGCUACUAUGGCAGUCGAGCAGGAUGGGGAGGAGCGGCUCGGAUCGGCUAUGCUUGAAAGAUGA